AUGGCAGUGCGACUGGCUGCAUCCUUGGGACUGGCGGAUGCACGCCGGCCAGUCGAUCUGUGGCCUUCUCAUGGUGAAGGAUUACGUCGAUCACAGACGUACCUUGUGGGGAAACUACUGACAGCCAGAGCCUUCAACAAGCGAUCGUUUAUGGGGAUGUUCCGGCGAGCGUGGAGGCUGAAUGGUCGAUACACCGUCCAAGAGCAUGAUGACCGCUUUCUCUUCACACUGUCAGACCCAACUGAUCCUAACCGGAUUCUCCCGGGUGGUCCGUGGGGUUUUGACAGAGCCCCGGUGGUUUUGGCACCAUAUGAUGGAGUUGGAGCAAUCAAAGAUGUGUCGCUUAUUAAACUUGCUUUCUGGAUCAAGGUGCGUGGAUUACCGCUGGAUUUUCACAUGGAUCGUUGCCUUAGGAGGGUAGGCAGUGCCCUAGGUCGGUUUGUUCAAAAGGAUACUACAGAGUUUGCUGUAGGCAGAAUCCUGAUUCGGGUUGAGGUGGACCUGAUGCAGCCUAUCAUCUUUCGACGUAGUUUCACAGUAGAUGAUGGUAUUGUGGUGGACUUGGAAUUUUUCUUCGAAAAUUUGUAUGGCAGGUGCAGGGACUGUGGUCUUGUCACCCAUGUUGGCUUGCCGUGUUCUGGCACUGCUUUGCCUGUAGAGCUACAAACUGCUACUCCGGUGGCACGUCGAAAUUUGGAGCGUGCUUUGAACCAGGUGGGUGUGAUACAGGCGGCUGGGCCAAAUUUGAUUUUUGGGGCACAGAAUACCCCCCAGGUUGGGUUAGAGAGAUUUAUGCCGAAUGCUAAACCUAAGGUGAGGAAAGAAAUCCGUCGGAGGCCUUCUGUUGGCAGUGGAGAGGGGAGCUCUGGGGUGCAGACAGCUUCCAAUGCGCCGGAGCUUGAUGGUGGUAGUGAGCCAAAGUCUAAUGGCUCAGACAAGGGGACAGUUGGAGCAGACAGUUCGACAGAACAUGCACCCAAUCAUGCCAUGCAUUCUCCUAGAUGUGGGAUGCAUCGUAAGCAUGUGGAUGAGGAUGGGCCUUCUCCAAAGUAG